AUAUUUAAAAAAGAGGCCCCUCAAUUGGUAGAACGUGGAAAAGUUGAAGAUUGGUCGCUGCUAUUCCUCUCCGGGGGUCCACCGCCGGCCGAAGGAAAGUGUGUGAUUGGUAAUCGGAAUUUCUUCAGAGAGAAGUAUGAGGAAGACAGUUCUUUGUAGAGCCCUGGUGAAACACCACAUCAAGCCGAAGAGAAAGGAAGGUUCUACAAGAGCCAGCAAAAGAAAGUUUUGGAAUCGAUCACAGACAGCAGCGACAUCGACGCCGUCAUCCAGUUGGCCGAGUGUCUUCUCUGUCGAUAACCCAAUCCCCCCAACCCCAUCAAUCUCUGAGCUUUCUCUCCUGUUUCUCUUAAUCUCUUGCUUCGGCUGUUCCUUGAUUUUUGGUUCUUUGAUUGAGCUUAACGUAUGUGUAUGGUUUUAGGAAACCCAUUAGCUUUCUGGGUAUUUAUUUAUUAGGAUGUAGACUUGAAGAUGGAGUUUAAUGUUAUGAUUUCUCUGUUCUUUAUCUGGUUUCUUCUGUUGUCUAAGAUGAACCCUCUGGCUGUUUUCAAACUGUAAAAUUGUUGGACCAAAAUUGAUGGAUGUUUCAAUCUUUUUUUUCAUAUUUCUGAAUUCAGCUUUGAGAAUUAGGAAAUUUUCAAAAUUAGAAGCUACUUAAGCUUGAGAAUAUGGUCAUACUUUUCUGUUUUGAACAUGUUGCAGUUGUUCAUCUUCCUUUUAUUUAUGAGAUUUGUGGCUUUUAGAACUGAUAUUUA